UCAACAAGUGCUUUCAAAUUCCAACAAUAUAUUGCAGCAAAUAUGUGUAAUUUGAACAAUACAACGGACCUUCAAUUCGUGAAGACUUUUCAGUAUGUGGUUUACAUACCAACGUUCAUCCUGGGGCUGAUUAUUAAUUUGGUUGCGCUCUGGAUACUCUGCAUCAAGUCGAAGAAGUUGAUUGAAUCUACGAUCUACAUGAUAAACCUGAUUUUUUCUGACAUAUUUCUGCUUUUUUCUCUGCCUUUCAAAAUCCAUGCAGACCAGAUGAAUGGAGUGUGGGAGCUGGGACCAAUAUUCUGUAAGUUUGUGGAGUCCCUGUAUUUUGUGAACACCUAUGGGACAAUCCUGUUAAUAACACUGAUCUCACUGGAUCGCUAUAUUGCUAUCAAGCAUCCCUUUCUGGCCCAAGCCCUCAGAUCACCAAAGAAAGCCAUCAUUGUCUGCACUGUGAUGUGGAUUUGUAUCUGGUCUGCAAGCAUUCCAAAUUACAUCCAACCUGACAGAAAUCAAAAAAAGGAAAUUUGCUUUGUAAACUUUGAUGAAUUUUGGGAAAGGGGUAUCAUUCCUGUGAGUAUGGAAGUUAUCUUUUUAACUUCUGCAGUCACUGUGUCUUUCUGUAGUAUUCAGAUCAUCAGAACAUUACGAAGAGUGGAUGAAGAGAGAGAUGAUAUGAACAUGAGGACAUCUUUGAAUAUUGUCUCUUCAAAUCUGGUAACCUUCCUUUUCUGUUUUACUCCUUAUCACAUAGCCAUGCUGUUAUACUUGUUAGCGAGGAAGUGCUAUAUAUCUGAAUAUCUAGCACCCCUGCGAGUCUUUCUCAAGAUCACUCAAUGUUUGGUGACCAUUAAUUGCUGCCUGGAUGGAAUGUACUACUAUCUGAUCAUUAAGAAUUUCUGGAAAUUAGAGAUCAGGAGCAUAGAGGAUACUAAUUCAACUCAUACAAAUUGAAUUCUCAACUUCAUUUUCCUCUUUUUACCUUGGUUACAUGAAUUUACAAUCAUUUACCUUGUUGAUUACAGCCUCUGCAUGAAGAAAAUGGGUAAUAAAAUAAACCUCUUGGAAUAAUUCAUUAAACAUAUAUUGUUACCUUAGUGCAGCUUAGAAUAAAAAGUAAUGUGCAAAAACAAAUGGGAUUUGUUUUCAUUGGAUCUUGUUCCAAAAAGAUGAUAACAGUAAGUCUUAGUUCCAGAUUAUUAGCAAUGUUGGUUCUCUCCCAAUGAAAAUAUCACACACAUUGGAUGUGUAGCUGUGUGAUAUAUAAAAUUAAUUGAAAAUCAGUUUCAAUGGUCUCUCACUAUGUGAUAACCUAAAAUGAAUUUUAAAGUGAAUCACAUAAAUGAAGGGAAUAAAUAAAGGUUUGGUUAGUUAAUGCAGUUGAAAUAGUGAAUAAUGUUUAGUUUAAGAUAUAUAAGAAAUUAUUAAAAGACCUCUUAGUUCCUGCAAAGGAUAAGUUUAAAUAACAGCUCUUCAGAUAAAGCAGCUCAGUAGGCUGGAGAGCUGGAGUGUAAUGCAGACUAAUAACAAUGGUAUGGAUUCAAUUCAUGCAUGAGCUGAGGUUACCAUGAAGGUUCUGCUUUUUCAUCUUUGCCCCUCACCUGAGGCAAGAUGAUUUUCAAGUUAAGUUUCACCAGUCAUCUCUCUCUAGUGAGAGAGCAGCCCUAUUGUCGUUACCUUUCCCUGCUCCUGUACUUUAAAACCUGUUACAUGCCUAACAUUUUUCUUUUCAUUUAAAAAGAAAUAAUCCACAGAGGAUGCCUGACCUACAGUUUAUUUCCAAAAUUUUCUGAUCAUGCCUCAGAUUUCCAAAUUUUGCAAUAUUCUGUUUUUGUUUUAUGCCAUUGUACUUGUGUUAACUGAGCCCAGCGAAUAUUGAAAUACGAUGCUACUUAUAAACAAGAUGAAUGUUGUAGAUUCAGUUUUGUCAAACUUUACUGCUUUAUUCUAAAUUUCAGUGCAGUACAAUGAUACUACUUCUAUACAGUUGAUAUGAUCAAACAAAAUUAUCUUAGUCACCCUUUGAUGACUCUUAGUCUUUGUUACCCUUUGCAUUUGAAUGAAGGUACAUUUUGGCUAGCGAUGUAUCUUUGUGAUAUUGGUGAUAGAAAUGUUCUAGUGAAUAUGUUUUAACUUGAAGUUAUAAAGCACCACUAAUGCAAUAAAAUACUUCAAUGUUCUUCAAAAGAGCAAAUUAAAUUUGUAUGGCAAUUCAGAACCGGUUUAUUUAAGCAUUAUAUAUUAAAACCCACCAUAACAGGAUUUCUGAUUCUUUUUGAUACCUAU